AUGACCACCAAUAUUCAAACCCCCACUACAGAUCUUCCGACGAGAACCGAACGUCUCUUCAGCGGGCUGUCUACGCCGGCGAGGCAAGAUCCCUUGCGAGAAUGUGGCAUCGGCUGGGCAGAGCAGUACAUGAAGCAUACCUGGAAGGACAACUACGAUGACGGCUACGGGGCGACAGGCUACACCUUCGACGACAUUGACAAGAUUCUGCUCCAUCACGAGCAUGAUCCUUCGCUGUACGACACAAAUGAGCUGUGA